AUGGCUGUGCCUACAGCGAACGACCUUCAGCCCGUGAUCGAUGUCACGAGCCGGCUGCGAGCGCUCUUACAACAAGCCAACAACCUCAAGCCUGAAGGCACGGUAGACCCGCCACUGCCCGUCGCGGACCUGAUCCAGGGAGUCCAUGCUUUGCACGAUGAUUUCACGGAGGACCGUGACCAGUCCUUCAGGAACGCCACCAUUGAGACCGCCGCUCGGAACAUCUUCUAUGCCGUAAUCAGCUCAACCGACAUCCAGGACCCAGCUUUCGUGGAAGUAUGGAAUCUCCUCGACGUUCUUCUGGUAUGCAGCGACGAAGGCAAAUGCACACCAGAGCUUGCAUGCUGGCUGAUUGAGGAGCUAUUGGACAGCCAGACCACGCAUGGAUGCCGCAUCGUCUUUGACUACUUGGAAACUCGCCGUGAGCGGCUAGCCCAGAAAGACUUCCACAAGAAGAACCUGGUCUUCCUGCGGUCUUGUAAUGAGCUUCUGCGGCGGCUGUCGCGUGCCGAGGAUGCGAUCUUCUGCGGUCGAGUGUUCUUCUUCCUCUUCCAGACUUUUCCACUUGGCGACAAAAGCUCUGUGAACCUGCGCGGGGAGUUCCACACCGAGAAUACGACGAAAUUUGAAGUUGCGAGUGAACAAGCAGAUCAAGAUGGCGACAAAAUGGAGAUCGACGCAGAGCCGCCCAGCAGUGACACGGCGACCCCAAAGGCAGGCACUCCACAACCACCCACCAAACCUGGUAGCAAGGCUGUACCCGUGAAGGCGCCACCGAAGAAAGAGGAAGAAGUAGUCCUCUCGAGCGACGCUCUCUACAGCAUAUUCUGGCGCUUACAGCAAGACUUCUCUGAUCCGACUCGACUGUUCUCAGCAAACAACUUCCAGCUCUUCAAGAAAGGGCUGGAUCGUACCAUCACCAAGUUCAAGAAGACGCCUACCGUUGUGCAGACUCACGCUUCCGGCAACAGCCAGCGCGGGACGAAGCGCAAAGUGGGUGAGGAUAAUACCCUGAACGACCUUGAGGCAGACGGCAGUCAAUUGGUCGAUAGCUACAACCCCAAGUACCUGACGAGCCGCGAUCUUUUCGACCUUGAGUUGAGUGACUUGGCCUUCCAGAGACACAUCCUGGUACAAGCCCUCAUCUUGAUAGACUUCUUGUUGUCUUUGACAGAGAAAGCUAAGAAGCGACUCGCGGCGCUGGAAACCACCAACAAAUCAAUGCUUUACAGCUUCACACUGAGCGAAGAAGACAGCAAAUGGGCUGUUCAGACACGGUCGAACAUCACAAGCUAUCUCUCGUCGUCACCAGAGGGCCGACUGUUCAAUCGCAUGGUCGAAACAGUCCUUGCGAGAGACAAAAACUGGAUCAGGUGGAAAGUGGAGAGCUGCCCUUCCAUUGUGAAAGAUCCAGCAUCUACAGAAUCAGAGAUCGAGGCGCGAAAGCGAUUGAGAGACGCCACUAAGAUCAGGCGCUUGUCCGAACGACCUCCUGUCGCCAUGGACGUCUCAUUCCUGGACGAGGGCCAGAACGGCGGACUCGCAGCGCUCAAGAACCCAUCUCGCUACACUGUACCCAUAGUCGAUGACCUCCUCGAGGGCAUCCAGACCGAUGAACUUGACCUUGACUUCGCAGAGGGCGAGGAGAAGAUAGGCCUGCAAAACGCCAUGUCAAACAAACGUUGGAAAUUACUGAGACAGACGAGGGCGACCCGGCUCAAGUUACUCGACAAAGUCGAGCCUGACGAGGACUUGAGAGAUGUAUUUCGCUCUUCGGCAGAGUCGCAGAACGCUCCAAAAGGCCUUGACGCGGACGUUGAGCCGGGUGUUGCAGCGCAGGACGAACAGCUUGAGGACAGCCAACCGACGGAGCGAAUGUCCACUUUGCUUGACAAUGCCGAGCAGCAGGCGACUGACCUUGACCACGCCGAGCAGCGAACAACUGACGUUGACGCUGCUGGCGAGCAAAAAGCGCAACAACCCAGCCCGCUGGAGAACGGUGAGCAGCAAGCUCCCGAAGGUGAUGUUGCUGAUGCGGAGCAAGUCGGUGAGACUCCUGGUAAUGCGGAGCAGCAACCCACGGGUGCAGGGGAUAGUGGAGAAAAGUUGGACGUGGAGUAG